GACAGUUCGUGUGGGAGGUUGUGUCUAAAUCCUCUCCACAAUAUCGCUCUAAUCACCUUCCCUCGGGUGAUUCAACCCCAAUAAACCACCAAACUAAAGUGUAAACACCCCGCUCAUACUGUGAAACAAACCAAGUGGUGAAUAUAAACCAGAAAAAGAAAUAACCGACCAUCAGCAUUAAUUUACGGAACCUCGACAGAUACUUAAUAAACAACUAUGGCGGACAGUGAUGCAGAGUGGGUGGGAGUUGACUUUGAAUUCGGCAAACCAGACACGUCACCCACCACAGCCCGCCCACAACCCACUCUACGCCCUACAAUACGCCCACAGCCACCACCCCCACCCCGUCCUACCCCCCAGCCACGCCCACCCGCCAUAGAGCCGCCACAGGACGCCUCAGAGAUGGACGGAAGAGUCAACCCGAAGACAAAUAGUGUGGGCAUAGUGGCUGGGUCUGUGGGAGGAGUCCUGGGCGUGCUGAUGAUCCUGUUGGUGGUGUACAUGUUGGUGCUGCGUCGAAAGCUGUCCAAGGCUAAGGACUCCGGGAAGGCCUCCAAGUACCAGCUGAGAGUGGAAGACGUCUCACACAUCACCAACCUGGACGAGACCUCCAACACCUACGUCAACACCACCGACCUGCAGAAGCUAGUCGCCUCCGUCAGGGCCAAAGGCAAGUCCGCUGACAGGGUUCCUCUACCUCCUAAGACCCAGCAACAGACCCCUAAACCCUGUAGGCCCUUACCUGUGGAUCAGGGUUCAGGCACUACUCCCCGCGGUGGCCAUGUGGAGAACAGUGGAUACAAAGGUUCGGGAGAUGUGGUUGUGGUGAGGCCGCCUGCUCCUGCUCCACACAAGUCUCCUGUCUCUCCGCUGGUCAGUGUUGAGGCGUCUGAACCGGAUGUUAUAUACUGUAACCUGGACCCUACUGUACCUCCCCCACUCCCCUCCCCGGCACCUAACACCACCACCACCGUCCCACCGUCACGCAGCACCAGGGUAGAGGCGCCCAAGAUAGCACCACCGCCGCCCCCAGCCCAGCUGAAGAAUAGAGUCGCGUUAAAUCAGAGCGGAAGUAACCCCCCGCUCUCCCCUACAGCCAUCGCCAGGCCUGCCCCUCCACCGCCCACUGUGGGGAAGACUCGGCCCCAACAAGCUGCUGUUAUUACGCCCAGCGCUUUACACCCGCCCAGUGCCCCACACACUAAGAAACCCACACCUCCACCUGUGGCUUUGAAACCCAACAAGGUGGUGGAGUCGGCCCCAGCUGGCCCUGCACCCACAAUCCCCAAGCCAACACCGCCAACCCUGCCCAAGCCCGGGGUCCUCAAGAAAGGGAAAGGCCUCCCGCCCCUCAAGAUGGCCCUCCUCCCCUCCCUCACCAGAACCUCGCUGGACAACGCCAGCACGCCUGACACAGCCAUCUUCGAGCUGACGCCAGAUUCGACACCCACGGCUGACGACGGCACAGGACCUGGGUCUAUCAGCGCCAAAAUCGCUUUCCUGGAGGGCAAGAUGAAGACCCCAGGAAACCCCAGCCGACCCGCGGGGCCCCGGACGUGAGCCCCGGCAUGGCCUCCACUGGUCACUGUCAGUAUUAAUAGCACUGGUCACCGCCACCCCUCAGCGUCGCGCCGGCAGGUACAGUAGUUUAACAGUUAUCAACAUCGCCAGAGACCUGCCUCACCCGGACCACGGAACAGUCAAGGGUGACCUGACGUGUAAACACAUCAGUCAGUGUUAUUGACUCGCCAAACAUGAAUAAGUUCCCCCCAGAGUCGAACCUUGGACUUUGUGUCUUUAAGAAGAGUGUAUUCACCCAACACCGCCGGAAAUCCUGAGUAUUGUAGCGUUCCUCGACCUACUGCACAAGUGGUCAGGAAGACACUACCUAGACAAAGUGAUGACCACACACACACCUACAGACGGAGGUUGUUUCGUGGUAGGUGAUGUGGUAGUCGGUGAGGCGAGGCAGGAUGGGUCGCAGGACUUUAAUCAAAGCGACCCUGACUCACUUCCCUCCUCUAGGAGCGUCACCGGCCUCCCUGGGGCUUCCCGACCUCCAGGGGCUGUGCGUGACGUGCUGACCCCCAACCCCCCUCACCACAGAUCAUAAGUGUAUUGUCAUGUCUGUGUUAGUCGCUUGUUUUUAGAUCUGCUGAAACGAGUGUGUGUGUGUCAGCAAAUUAAGUCAAAACUCACAAUCUCAGUUAAAUUUGUUCAAGGAAAACCAUAAACAGUCACGCAUGGAUCAUCAGCCGAGUACAGGUCUCACUAUGUACUCAGCCAAAGUCACAUCGUUGUUGUAGCCAAGUGUAUAUAUUAGCUUGUGAGUCCAUUCUGGUCUAUUAUACUGUAUAUAUUUAUUUCAUGUAUAUUGAUGAUGUAUAUUGGUGUUUGUGUAUAUAUAUAUAUUUUAUACAAGAUCUAUAUAGUGUUUCCAUCCUCGCCCAAGACCAUCAUUGUUUUCUUAAUUCAAUGAUAAUCUGUGAUAUGAUUAUUGUUUAAUUAUUCGAAUUAUUAAAAACAAAAUUUCUUUUAACUGCAGGUGGUAGAAUGCACUUAACUGAUGCUAAAACAGUAAAAUAACGUUAAACAAUGGAAGUAAUUAUGAUAUGUAACUGAAACGAUAGAGUUGGCAAGCGAGAUCAACAACUUAAAAUGUAGGAGAUAAAACUCGUCAAGCCGACACAAGUACCAACACAACAGUAGACGUUAUGACAUGGCUACUAACCUUACAGUAUUACUUAAGACUUGAGUAACACCACGAGAAGGACAGCUAAACUAUUUUUUUUAACCAAACAAACCGAACUUAACCUGAAUUAAUCUAACCGAUUUUGAGAUAGUUUUGGGUUAUAUUAGGUUAGGUUGUAGUCAUGUAAAUUAAAUCGUUUCUCCCAUUCAUAUUCUUGAUAUUUUGUUAAUAACUACUGUACUCGACAGCUUGGAAUCUUCUAACUAUAUAAAUUUGCUAACUGGUAACGUGACAAUAAUCUAACUAGGAAGAUAAUUUAACUACAACGUAAAAUCAACAAAUAAAAUAAAAAUUUCUUUAUUUUAUCUUUAGUUCUUACGAAAAUAAAAAAAAUAAUGACGCCUAUAACUGUUAAGAAUCCGGGUUGGUGGUAGUGGUGGUGACGAUCAGCUGACGAGCGUAAACAAUAAUUCAAUCAGCUGAUCCGUGUAAAAACGUUUGACUCAAUCACAUGACUUACAAAACAACAUCUGAUCCGUGUAAACACUGACUAAAAAAAAAAUCAUUAUCAUUAAUUACAUACAAUGACACAAUGCUCUCAUCACCAUCAUCAUCAUUAUCACCGCUACUAUUAUCUUCUUAAAAAAAUUCCUUAGUCGGUAACUUUCAAUGUCAAGCACAAACAACAACUUCAAAGGGAAAUCCCGUGGAAAUAAAAAAAAAAUCCCAGCUGUUGCAAGUCUCUGUGUAUGAGUCUUGAUAAUUGAAUAGUUCCGAGAAUGGGCGAGGAUGAUGACUCCUCUCCACCGUGUCCAGAUAGACAGAUAGAUAGAUAUAUAGACAGCGAAAAACAGACAGACAUAUAAACAGACAAACAUAUAUAAAGGCAAAGAUAGACAGAUAGAUAGACAGACAUAGAUAUAAACAGAUAGAUAGACAGACAGACAGAUAUCUAGGCCGUGUACAUAUUAACCUGAGUCUAUUUUAAAUAUUGAAAUUGAAACAUUUAUCUUUUUUUAAGCUCCUCUUGUGUGUUAAUGUUACAUAAUUGAGGUAAAAUGUUCAUGUUAAAUAUAUGUAAAGAAUAAAUGUUAAUGUUAAAAAUAUGUAAGAAUUGAUCUGUGAUAAAUUAAUGUUUAUGUUUUUUUACAAUACUAGGCUGCAGAGGAACUAGAAUUCCUAUGUUAAAAUUCCCCCUAAAAAUUCCUUUGAUAUGAGAAUGUACUGUAUAUAUAUAUAUAUAUAUAUUGCUCAAUUUAAACCUACUUCUUAGAUACAACUUCCAAAAUGGCGUCAAACUUAGAUAAGACUGUACUGUAUGGCAGAUUUUUCCUAUCACUGAAUGGCGAAUGUAAUUUUGGAAAUCGAACCGAAAUUUAAAAUGACCAAUAUAUUUUUUUUUAAUUUAAGAAUUUGGACUUUUAAUGUGUUUUCGAUUUCCAAAGAAUAUUAUUGAUUUUUUUCUGAAAAUUAUGAGAUAACUGAAUAUUAUUUGGUGUUUUUUGAGUUUUCUAUGAUUUUAUGAUAAAACAGCGUAACACAGGGCAUUUUCACGCGCCUAGCUUUGUGCCUUUCAGUGUGAUGUGAAUGAUAAACGCCAGGCGAUGUCCAAUGCUCAAACUGGCGUUGUAUAUCUGUUAUAUAUCUUGUCUUAUCGUUCAGUAAUGAUAUGAACCAAUAUAAACCAGAUUUGUAUUAAAUAUAUUGUAUAUACUGUACUAGACACUGUGUUAUUAAAUAUACCUUUUUAUACUGUUUUACAUGUGAUUAGUUGUAAGGCAAAUCAGCCAAUGUAAAUAAUGAUUAAUGAUAUGAAUAAGAUAAACAAUGAUCAAUAAA